AUGGAAACGAAGGGGUUGUUUUCUUUUCUCCUAACAUCCCUAACGAUCAUGCUGUGUUUUACAUUAGCAACUUCACAAUGUUCACCCUUCAAAAAAUUUCUCUUUUGUCUUUCACAAACACCGAAUUCUAACCCUUCAAACCCCUGUAUCUCUCAAGUUCUAUACACUUCAGAUAACACAUCAUUCUCAUCUAUCUUGAACAUGCACGUUCACAACAACAGAUUCAAAAAAGAAACAACACCCAAACCUCUAGUAAUCAUCACUGCUCAACAUGAGAGUCAUGUGCAGGCAACAGUUACAUGUGCCAAAGCAAACGGCAUUCAGAUUAGAAUCAGAAGUGGUGGGCAUGACUAUGAAGGACUUUCAUAUGUCUCAGAUGUUCCAUUUGUCAUACUUGACAUGUUUCCUCUUCAAUCAGUCGAUGUGGACACUGCAAGUGCAACUGCAUGGGUUCAGGCUGGUGCAACACUGGGUCAAGUUUAUUACCGCAUAGCAGAGAAAAGCAAGGUGCAUGCUUUCCCUGCAGGGGUGUGCAUUACUUUGGGUGCUGGUGGCCACUUUUCUGGUGGUGGGUAUGGAAAUUUGAUGAGAAAAUAUGGUCUUUCUGUGGAUAAUAUCAUUGAUGCCAAAUUGGUUGAUGCCAAUGGUACUAUCCAUGACAGACAGUCAAUGGGGGAGGAUCUAUUUUGGGCCAUAAGAGGAGGUGGUGGGGCUAGUUUUGGGGUCAUUCUUGCAUGGAAGAUCAAAUUGGUUUCUGUGCCUGAGGAAGUGACUGUGUUCAGAGUGAAAAAGACAGUGGCAGAAGGCGCAACUGAUGUUGUUUACAAGUGGCAACAAGUUGCAGCAGAACUACAUGAAGAUCUUUUCAUAAGAGUGCAAGUUAAUGUGGUCAAUGGAACAGUGCAACUUUCUUUCAUUGGCCUAUUCUUGGGGCAAUUUGAUGGGCUUGCGCCUUUGGUGAAUGAGAAAUUCCCUGAAUUGGGUUUGAAGCAAAGUGAUUGCACCCAAAUGCCUUGGAUCAACACGACACUUUUUUGGGCAGAUCUACCAAUUGAUACUCCUAUAGAAGCUUUGCUAUCAGUGCCAAAGGAGCCACCUUCAGUCUAUUUUAAAGCCAAAUCAGAUUAUGUGAAGAAGCCCAUUCCCAAGGAAGCUUUAAAUUCCCUUUGGAAUUGGAUGAUUAAGGGCAAGACUACAUGGAUGCAAUGGAACCCUUACGGAGGAAAGAUGGAGCAGAUAGCACCAUCAGAAACCCCGUUUCCUCAUAGAGCAGGGAACUUGUUCUUGAUUCAGUACUUCACGUUUUGGACUGAAGAUGAUGCUAAAGCCAGUGAUCGUUAUUUGCACUUUUCAAGGUCUCUUCAUAAAUUCAUGACCCCAUAUGUUUCAAACUCGCCAAGGGAAGCAUUUCUUAAUUAUAGGGAUAUUGAUAUUGGAGCCAAACAUCCAAGUACUGGAACAAGCUUGGACGAGGGUCGCACCUAUGGAAGCAAGUUAUUUAAAGAAAAUUUUGAUAGAUUAGUGAGUGUCAAAACCAAGGUUGAUCCUGAUAAUUUCUUUAGCUAUGAACAGAGUAUACCACCCACAAGUUCCUAUUAG